GGCACAGAUACAAAGUACCAUGGGGUGUGGGGGAGGGAACAACAGUGGUUUACAUAUCAUUCUCCCGGCCGCCUGUCUUUCAUGAUCAUCUUGAUUGAAAUCCGAAUCUGAUACCGCACACACCACCUACUCCCGGUGCAGUCCCGACUUCGCAGCGACGGAAUCAAAAUAAAACAACCACCCGCAAAGGAUCCGAUGUCGACUCGUGUAGAGAUCCUACAGGCCCUCAGGGCGAUAGCGGACGUCAACCAUAUCUCCCUCGACGGGGUGGUCCCACCGCAGGCUGAAGCCGCCGACUACGUACAUCCGGACAACGGACAAGUCCUGUUCGUGGUGAACCUGCUGUUGGCUAGCAUAACGCUGCUCGUGGUGUUGACGAGAUUCUGGACGAGGUGCUUCGUGGCUGGCGGCAUUGGCGGCGAUGAUGUGAUGGUCGGGGCGGCCAUGCUCGUGGUCGUGGGCGGCACGGCCUUGAACUGCUACGGUGUGAGGCAUGCGGGCAUCGGGAAGCACUUUUACGACUUGAAUGUGGACCAGGCCAUCGCGCUGCUGAAAGUCUCGAUCCUCCUCUUCUACCGGCGCCUCUUCGGCAACCGCACCCAGCUGCAGAAGAUCGUCAUGUACUUCCUAGUAUUCCAGAUCCUAUUCGCGCUCGCGAGCAUAUUCGCCUUCGCAUUCGUGUGCUCGCCGGUGAAGGCAUGGUGGACGUUCGAGCUGCGCGCGCACGGAUGUCCAACGUUCAGACAGACCAUGACGCUGUACACGGCGCUCAGAAUGGUCACCGUGGCCUGCGACAUCGGCGUGCUCUGUCUGCCCAUGAAGAUGGUGUGGGAUCUUAGGAUUCCGACGAAGCAGCGGGCUGGGCUCGCCGUGCUGUUUGCGUUGGGGCUGCUAGCGUGUAUAGUCGCCGUUGUCAGAGUGGGGCUCUUACCGAAGCUGCUGCUAACCAUGGACGUCUCCUGGAACAUCCUCCCCAUCGCGCUCCUGGACCAAACCGAGCAAUGCCUAGGCAUCAUCACCGCCUCGAUCCCAGCUCUCACGGCGUGGAUCUCGCGUCCGCACCGGGUGACCAGCGAUGCGAACGCGCAGCCCACGGCCGCAGGCAUGCGCAGCGUCGACCCCUACGACUUCCUCAGCUUCGCCUACGACCCGGAUCGGCAGAACAUGGGCUGCUUUGCCAUCGCGUAUAGCGAGAAUGUGUAUGUUUCCGAGGAUCAGCUGGUUGGCGGCGGCGGCGGCGGGAAGAGCAGUGCCGAGGAAUUGCAUAUGGGCGUCAUUGCGAAGACGAUUACCGUCUCCGUGGAUAUCUCCGGGAGGUGA